AUGACGUCACACCUUCCCUUCGGAAGGCUCCCUUCCGAAGCUUGGAAGGACCCCUCGCGACAUGCUAUGACGUCACACCUUCCCUUCGGAAGGCACGAUGACGUCACACCUUCCCUUCGGAAGGCUCCCUUCCGAAGCUUGGAAGGAGACCUCACGAUGACGUCACACCUUCCCUUCGAAGGCAUGAUGACGUCACACCUUCCCUUCGAAAGGCUCCCUUCCAAAGCUUGGAAGGAGACCUCAUGA